GUGAAAGUGUAGAGCAAAAAAUAUUUGCAAGAAAAUGAAGAUUUUUAUAAAAAUUGUGAGGUUCGAGGUGUAAGUAAUGAGUAUGAAUGAUAGCGAGGAUCAUGGGGAAGCCGUCUGUGAGGGCUGCUUGUCUCAGAACCAGCAGGUCAUUACAGAAAUUGCAGAAUACGAUAUCAAGAAAGUGUAUUACGAUAUAAUCAAUAUUCUGGACGCUGACAUUGCCGCGCUAAGUCUACGUCUAUGUGCGGAGUGCAAGGACAGUAUCGUGAAGUUCUUAGAGUUCCGGAGACAAGUGCUGGAGGCACGGGAUACUGUCAACAAGUACCUGUUACAGUCAGAAGCCAGUAUAAAAACUGAACAGUCUACAAUCACUCCAAGUGAGUUCAAGAGUGAUCCGGAGGAGUUGGUCACUCCUCUUCCCUUUGUGAAGGUAGAACUAGAUGGAGAGGACCACUUCCUUGAUGAUGAUAGUCAAGGUGCAGAGGAUUUAAAGCCCGCUUUAAAAACAAGUUUGAAAAAGAAGAAUACAGUAAAAAGCAGAGGUAAGAGUAAGAAGAGAACAGAAGAUGAGUUCAACGACUCGGACGAGGAGCCGCUUACUAAGAAGAAGACUGAUACUAGCGUUAAGAAGGAGAAGAAGAAAGGUCGCCGCGAGCGUCCGGCCGGUAUAGUGGACAACUCCCGCGUCCGCCGCAAACUGCAGCAACUCAACGUCGACUCCGGGCUUAUCACCAUGGAGAUACUCAGCUGGGAACAGGUAGCGGCGGAGCGCGCGGCGGCGGCGAGCGCGGUACGGUACACCCAGUGUGUGUGGAGGUGUCAGCAUUGUGUGCUCGGGUUCAACCAUCGCACCAAACUAGAAAACCAUAUGAAGAAACAUGACCCUAGCGCGGGCGGCCACGUGUGUGCAGUGUGCACGGUGCGCUGCAAGGACGCGCACGCACUCAGCGCGCAUGUCCGGCGACAUCGCGUCCGUUCGCUCGGCAAGUUACGUUUACACAUGAAGAGCCACGCCGAGCGCCAGCGCUGUCACCUCUGUGGGAAGACAUUCAGGGACCGAACCUCGCUACGGACACAUCUAUUUAUCCACGGCGGAGAGAAGGAGUUCUCGUGUCCGCGCUGUGACAAGCGGUUCUUGUUCCGCGCCGCGCUCGCUGUACAUCUCGUCACACACGACGCGCCGGCGCAUCUAUACUGUCACCAGUGCGACUUCAGCUUCAAGAACAAGAUGUCGUACACGCAGCACAUGAAGUACAGCCUCAAACACUGCGACCCCGCCGCACUCAAGUACAAGUGUCACGAGUGCGACAAACGUUUCCUGAAGGAGUCCCGACUACGCGAGCAUACACUCGCUGUACAUCUCAAGGCAACGCCACUCUCGUGCGACCAGCCAGGGUGCUCCUUCUCGUGUGCGUCGCGCGGCGCGCUCCGCAGCCACCGGCGCGCGCGGCACGCCGGGCCCGCGCUCACUCCUACACAUGUCUGCCACGCCUGCGGGAGGACUUACAAGAGCAAGAAGUCCCUCGAAGGCCACCUCCGCUCGCACGCGGGCGAGCGGCCGUACGCGUGCAGCACGUGCGCCGCCACCUUCACGUACCACGCCGCGCUCUACAACCACACGAGGCUCGUGCAUCUCAAACACAAGUUGGGUCGCAAGCGCCCCCCUCCCCCCGCCGCCGCCCCCCCUUCCACGUGAUGUCCGGCUGCACGUCAAGGUAUCCUGACCCGGGAAUCGAACCCGAGA